CAAGCCACUCUCUUCCUGUCUCCCUCUCACUGUUAUCUGCAAAACCCUUGAGAGAGAAAUUCGUCCUCCGACUGAAACUAACCACAUCGCCACAAUGGCCGGUACGGCGUCGUUCGACUAUGGCUCCCAACAACAGAAACCCGAAGCGGAAUCUGCCGCGGCCGGGUACGACCCGAAUUAUGUACCUGACUCCGUGAGAUCGUUUGUGGUCCACAUUUAUCGGCACAUAAGGGAGAAGAACGUGUACGAGAUUCACCAAAUGUACGAAACCUCAUUUCAGAGCAUCAGUGACCGGUUUUUCAAGGACUCCCCAUGGCCCUCGGUCGAUGCAGUGGCACCGUAUGUGGAUAAUGAUCAUGUGUUUUGCUUGCUCUAUCGGGAAAUGUGGUUCCGCCAUCUGUAUGCGAGGCAUUCGCCUACGCUCAAACAGCGGAUUGAUUCGUGGGAUAAUUACUGCAGUCUAUUCCAGGUUGUGUUGCAUGGGGUGGUCAAUAUGCAAUUGCCAAACCAAUGGUUGUGGGACAUGGUGGAUGAAUUUGUUUACCAGUUCCAGUCAUUCUGCCAGUACCGUGCCAAGAUGAAGAGCAAGACAGAGCAGGAGAUUGCUCUCCUGAGGCAGUAUGAUCAGGCUUGGAAUGUUUAUGGCGUUCUCAAUUUCUUGCAAGCACUUGUGGAGAAAUCUACCAUCAUUCAAAUUCUGGAGCAGGAGAAGGAAGGCCUUGUACAGUUUACUGCUACAGAUGGAUAUGAUUAUAAUGGUGGAAGUAAUGUCUUGAAGGUCUUGGGGUAUUUUAGCAUGAUAGGGUUGCUUAGAGUUCAUUGUUUGUUGGGCGAUUAUCACACUGGAUUGAAGUGCUUACUACCAAUUGACAUAAGUCAACAAGGUGUGUACUUCAGCGUUAUUGGAAGCCACAUUACUACCAUAUAUCAUUAUGGGUUUGCCAGCCUUAUGCUGCGGAGGUAUGUUGCUUUAUUUUUCGAUCAUCAAUUGCCUGGCUUUUGGAAGUUUUCAUCUAUGACAACAAGUCUUAUUGCUGUUGCUUUGCUUUGUAACAUAAAUUUUCCGAAGGCAUCUGGCAUAUUGAGCUCAGAAGCACGUAUUCCUAGGGAAAGAAAUCCAAACUUCACCUUUAUUCCCUAUUUUGGACUUAAUAACACGAAGCAUUGUUCACAUGAUCAAACUCUGGUUUACUGGCCUCUCUACAGGACAAUAUUGAUGACAUACAAACACAAAACACAUGCAGUAGAUUCUGAUGGAAAGAUCACCUCCAAUGCUGAUGUGAAUUUCUACAUUGAUGAUGACAUGAUUCGCGUUAUAGAAUCCAAGCCGGCAAAACGAUAUGGAGAUUACUUUUUGCGUCAAAUUGUCAAGCUCGAAGGGGUUAUGUCAGAUGUUGACAGGAUAAAACUGGAAUAAGCAGUCGCAAUUUUGUUCGAGAAAGUGAGGAUUUGCUUAACGUAGGUUGUGGAUGGUAACAUUCCGAAACUCUCCCUCUGUGCCUUUUCCCAUUUGUCUCAAAGCCCGACUCUGAAUUAGUUCUCAUUUCGUUGUAAUUUAUUAAGGAAUAUGUUGUCGUGAAGCGCGCGAGUGUUGAGUUUACUAUGUCGUCUGCCCAAGUGACUAUUUGUUUUCACUUGUUGGUUUUGUAGCUGUUAAAUGCACUUAGCACCAAACGUGUUUAGCACCAAUUUAAGUGGCAACUAGAAAGCAACAAAUGAUAUAUUCAUAAAAUGCAAAGUCAAAUUAUCCAUUUAAUUAGACUU